ACUUGAGUGCUUUCCUUCUUUAUCGUUAAUAUUAUUUCAGAGGUCCGCAUUGCAGCGGUGGAGGCAUUAUGCCAGCUGGCUCGGUCGUCUCCCAGCUUCGCCGAAAAGUGCCUGGACUUUCUGGUCGACAUGUUCAACGAUGAGAUCGAGGAAGUGAGGCUACAGUCCAUCCAUGUGCUGAGAGAAAUCUCUACCCAUAUAACACUGAGAGAGGACCAGCUGGACACUGUGCUUGCUGUGCUGGAGGACUCGUCUCGUGACAUCCGAGAAGCUCUCCAUGAAUUACUUUGUUACACCAACGUCUCCACUAAAGAGUGUAUCCAGCUGGCUCUGCUGGAGCUGCUGAAGAACCUCAACAAGUAUCCUACUGACCGCAACUCUGUCUGGAAGUAAGACUCUGCAUUAGUGUGAUGUAGUUAUUAAGG